CGAGCCGCGUCUGUAGUUCUGUUUUGCUUCUUCGACGCACAUGAAAUUAUCAACGUGGUGCUCCCUUCUUGACAAGAAACACCACCAAAGGUACAUGAGACCAAACCUUUAGCACUUAAACGUAUUCUUACUCGCAUUUAGCAGCUUAGCUCGUUUAGCCUUUACCGAAUCUUGUAGCAGUUUUUGUAGCAGACUCUCCCUGAUCAGGAUUUACCCAAAAGUCAACGAGAACUGGACUAUUUGUAGGUUCAGUUUUCUCACCAUUAAAGAGAAAACAUGUUUAAUGAGGAGGAAGAUUGGAGUGACGAUCAAGAGGGAAAGAUCCUGAGUAAAACAGUCUUUAAACCGACCUCAAAAGCAGAAUGCAGCACAUAUUUUAAGUCUGACGUUAUUGGGAAAAAGAGUCUGCUGAGGACUCUGGAGACACUGGGAUCAGCUCCAGACUGGAAGAGCAGCGAGCAUGAGGAGCAGGGCAGCGAGAGUGAGACAGAAGUCACCUCCUCACCCAGCAAGAAGAGGAAGAAGAGGAGGAAAAAGAGGAAACAUGGAGCGCAGGAAGGUGGAGACCAGAGUCAAGCUGCCCAGGAGGAGAGAUCUACAGUGAAAAAGAAGAAGAGUGAAAAUAAACCUGGAGCCUCAAAAACACAAAGGAUAUCUGCGAAGGAGACAAAAGGUGAAAAAGUCCCAGAACCUCCACAGGAGAAUGCAAACAAACAGCAAGGCAACGAGAAGCUGAGCAGAAAGCAAUGGAAAAACAAGAUAAAAAAUAAAAAAAGAUGCAAAAACAAAUUCCGCCAAAGUAAACCCGAAGAAGAUGCAAACAGAGCUAAAACCACAGAUAAACAGGAACCAGCAGAAGAGAUCAAAAUAGAUCCACAUAAAAGCAACAGUGAAAACAUCAGCCAGACGGCAAACCAGAAACAAAAGAAGGGAAAGGAGAGGAAACCAGUGAAAAGAAAGAAGCCGGAACAAGAAGCACAUGGAUUAACCACAGCAGUAGAGAAAAAACAGCUAAAGUUGGAGAAAUUAAAAGGUGCAAAUUCUGCCAAAAGUGCAUCUAAAGGUUCCACUGAGGGAUUUAAACAUAAAGAGGAUGAACUCAAGGUGGAGAUCUCGCAUAAUCAGCAGAAGUUUCCCCCCCAAAAACAGAAAAAAGAGCUGAGCAAGGAGCAGAUUUUAAAGAGAGAGAAGCUGCAGAAAAUACUCAUCAGCCAAGAAAAGGAGAACGACCAGGUUGGAGCAAAAGAUGCCGGCACGGCGGCGGUCCGAGAGGAGGUGACACAAGACCGCUCGGACUCCCUCCGGUCCCGCAUGGAGCAGCGCCUGGAGGCGGCUCGUUUCCGCUACAUUAACGAGCUUCUGUACAGCAAGUCGAGCGGCGAGGCCAGGCGCAUGUUUCAGCAGGAUCCGCAGGCCUUCUGGGUUUACCAUAAAGGUUACACAGCUCAGGUCCAGAGGUGGCCGGCCAACCCGGUGAACGCCAUCAUCUCCUACAUUCAGAAAAAACCAACUAAUCUGGUAGUGGCAGACUUUGGCUGUGGUGACUGUAAAAUUGCGAGGAGCGUGAAGAACAAAGUGCACAGCUUUGACCUGGCUGCCACCUGUGAACUCGUCACUGUGUGUGACAUGGCCAAAGUGCCUCUUGAUGAUAGCUCUGUGGACAUCGCUGUGUUUUGUCUUUCCCUCAUGGGGACCAACCUGGCAGAAUUCCUAGCAGAAGCCAACCGCGUCUUGAAAAUGAGGGGCGUCCUGAAAAUUGCAGAAGUAGCGAGCCGAUUUGACAAUGUGGACAGCUUCAUCUCUGGCCUCACAGGUCUAGGAUUUAAGAUGACGUCGAAGGAUACAGAAAACAGCCAUUUCUUCUCCUUUGAGUUUGUGAAGACGAGAAAUGCUCCAAAUAACGUGAAGAAAUUUGGACUGGAGUUGAAGCCUUGUGUGUACAAGAAAAGAUGAUAUUAGGGAAGAGCUCAUAAGCAUUGAUGCAUGUAAAAAGAUUUUAAUCAGCAGGUAAUUUGACCAUAGCUGUAUUAUUUCUUUAAUGCCGCCGUGCAGAUUACAGAUUUCCUUUUUUUUUUU